CACCCGAGCGUCUCCGGUUCUCUGUGGCGCGCCCACGGGCUGCUUGGCCACCAUAGAGUUGGGGUGCUCUCGGCGCCGUUUGGGUUUGCGAGCCGAUCAUGACGCCGCUGCCAAAGCUUGCGGUUUUUGACCUGGAUUACACGCUCUGGCCUUUCUGGGUUGAUACACACGUAGACCCCCCGUUCCACAAGAGCAGCGAUGGAACUGUGCGAGAUAGGCGGGGCCAGAACAUCCGACUGUACCCGGAGGUGCCGGAAGUCUUGGAACGGUUGCAGAGCCUUGGAGUGCCGGUCGCGGCUGCCUCACGGACAGGUGAGAUAGAAGGGGCCAACCAACUGCUGGAGCUCUUUGACCUUGCCAAAUAUUUUGUUCACCGGGAAAUCUAUCCAGGGAGCAAAGUCGCACACUUUGAGAGGUUGCGCCACAAGACUGGAGUUCCUUACGCUCAGAUGGUCUUCUUUGAUGAUGAGAAGCGGAAUAUCAUAGAUGUGGGCAAACUUGGUGUUACCUGCAUUCACAUCCAGAACGGAAUGAGUCUGCAAACAUUAACUCAAGGAUUAGAGACAUUUGCAAAGGCCCAGGCUGGACCCUGAGGUCUAACCCUGUGGAUAAGCCUCAUCUGAGGUGUAAAACUGAAAAGAAAUCAAGAAAGCCUUGUCAGAUGCAUUUGUAAUUUGUGACAGUCAGGUUUUUACCCACAGUAUGGGUUGUUUCCAUUUUUCUAACGUGUAAACUGGGUUUGGCGGCUCUGGGGACCAGAGUGUGAAAGAUUCUGCAUCAGGUUGUUCCCUCAUGUGGGAACCCAUCCCGAGUCCCCCUCCAACGUCUUCACUGCUUCACGUGUCCUUGUAGGGAAUAAAGCUAACACUGUUUGGGAAUAAGGUCGGGGCUGGCCUUUUUUUUUUUUUUUUUUUUUUUUUUUUUUUUUUUGGUUUUUCGAGACAGGGUUUCUCUGUGUAGCUUUGCGCCUUUCCUGGAUCUCGCUCUGUAGACCAGGCUGGCCUCGAACUCACAAAGAUCCACCUGUCUCUGCCUCCCCAGUGCUGGGAUUAAAGGCGUGCGCCACCACCGCCCGGCUGGGGCUGGCCUUUUUUAGUAGUAGAGAGUAAUGCGGCUACUUGAAGGGGAGUGAACCGACCGAGCUCUAGCCUCGGUCCGCCGUGGUCGGUCGCGCCUGUUGAUGAUGUCACGGCUAUGCCCUGGAUGCAUUGGCCAAGGUCGGUCUCAGUUUGAAGAUAGACUCGGAGGAAAGCGGGAAAGGUGAAGUGGCAAGGAAUGGGCUCGCCGACUUUUCAGGAAGGGUGAGCCGGGUAGAGACUGGGCCUCCGGGAGGUGCUGGCCAGAGGGGAAGAGGACCAGGAGACAGGCCGACCAGAAAACCCGGUGCUUGACCAAGCUCGGCAUUCUUUGGUGCCAGAAGGUCAACCUUGGCCAGCCGCCUUGCCCCAGCCUGCCUUGAACCCGACUGAGUGGGGAUGUGAGCGGAAGGUGUAGUAAUUGUUAGCUCCCUGGGCACAGGGUCGGAGGAGUUGAUUUCCGGCGACUGCUUCCAGUCUUUUCUAAAGUAUUGUAGCUUACUUGGUAUGAAUAAAAGAGGUCUGAAGUGAAGAAGAAAGACGAUCUCCUUUAAACUCA